CGUGAAUUGAUAUUAAAUUGCUUUUCUUCAUUAUUCAAAGAAAAUAGGUCGGAUAACCUUUUGUAGCGUCUUUAUCUAAGUAAAUCUAUUUUAAAUAGAUGGAUCCUGAGGAGAAAAACAAGUUUUGGGAAAUCUUCCGUAGUCUACGUCCAGAAGCUGGUUACAUUUCAGGAGAAAAAGCUUACGGUGUCCUCCGAAGUAGUCGACUUGACAAUGAAAAACUAGCUAAGCUUUGGGAUUUGGUUGAUAUCGACGAUGAUGGGAAUUUAGAUUUUGAUGAAUUUUGUAUUGCUAUGAAGAUUAUCUUCAAUAUUAUUAAUGGGAUAUAUACGGAUGUUCCUUCAAGUAUUCCAGAAGAAUUAGUUCCUCCCUCUAAGGAACAUUUAGUAGCUGCUCGUGAAGCCCUUCAAGGAGGAGGCGACUCACAAGUCGAUUAUGAAGACACAGAUGAUCCUGAAGACAGUAUUUUGAAAGACGGAUUCGAUUGGUAUAUGGCUCCUUCCGAUCGAAUGAGCUAUUCCGAUGUAUAUAGCUCACACUGUGAUAAGUAUGGUGCCGUUUUGUACAAUGCUUUUGCUCCCGUUUACGAUCAUUUGGGAAUACCUCGCUCCCAAAUCCAGAAAGCAUGGGAUAUGGUAAACCCGCAAAGAUCUGAAACCAUUGACAAGGAUCAGUGUUUGGUAUUCUUACAUAUUCUCACUCAGCGUUCCAAAGGGUUCCGAAUACCUAAUGAAGUUCCGUUUGGUCUUCGCGCAAGUUUUAAAAAGGGGAAUAUAGACUACAAUCUCCACGCUAAUGACCCUUCACGUACUAUGCGAGAAUCGCAGUCUGUGGGUUCUCCUUCAACCGUCCGUCGUCCAACGAGUGAUUUAGAGGCUCCCAAAGACGUACGAGACUCUGAUUGGGAAAUCGUCGGAUUGCGGAACGAAUUAUCUACUUUAGAGAGUAGAAUUAGAUCUUUAGAGAGAGAGGUGAACGAGAGUAGCCUUGCCAAGGGCCGUUCUGAUCUUGUAAGAAGAGACUUGAUAAAAGUUUUGGAUUACAAGACAAAGGUGCUUACCAACCUCAAAGCGGGAAGGUUUCAUCCUGACUAUUCAAUGGUUGAGCGCAAUUUGGAGAAAUUGGAGCAACAUGCCACUACCUUGCAACAACAAUUAGAGGGAAAGAAGAGAGAUAUAGUGAAUUUGGAGAAUAAGCUACGAGGAAGCUAGCCCUUUUAUUUGCGGCCCCCGUUUCCUCUGUAAAAGAAAUAGGAUGAUUGCUUACACGUUUCUUGAUGAAAAUUUUAUGUAUACGAUUGAAAGAUGUAAUACUGGCAUUUAGUUAACUUGAAAGCUAUAUAAAUUUAUUUAAAAUAACUUUUAAUGCGUUUAUCCACAAAAUGGGAAAAAAGUCAUACAUGAGGAAAAAGUUCGCGUCACCACAAAACUUGACUAUAAGGGAAUUAAUUCGGUACAAGGAAAGUAAAAAUUCAUCAAAAGAAAAGAACAGAAAAGGACAUCAUUAAUGUUGAAAGCAUUUCGUAAGCACUAUCUUCGUCUAGAAAACAUACGCUUAGAAGCCCAACCGACUAAUGCGGCAGCAGAAACAACUGCUCCUGCCACAACGGCCAUCCCAAUGUAUCCCUCCGUUGUGACAGCAUUGUACAACAAAGACUUCAACCGCAACGCUUGGGGGUUUGAAGGAUCCUUGGCGAGCAGCAUGUUCAGGUACCGACGAGAUUCUUCGUAUUGCUUAAUUUUAUAUUGAGUAAGUGCAAUGUAGUAUAAAGUCUCCAACCGGCGCUCAGGGAAGUCUCGGUAGACAGUGCAGAACAAAGUGAGACCUUGUUGAACUUGCUGAAGAUUUUCUGAGCAAACGAGAGCCCAGGCCAAAUUAAAUUUAGUUUGUAGAGUGAUUAGCGGAUGUUCUGAAUCAUACUGCUCUUUAAUCUGUAAGAAUUCCUCAAUAGGAACUGGCUUUUGGAUUGCAGAAGGUUCUGGCAAAUGAAUGCUCGUUUGUCC